UCUCUCUCAUCCUUUCUCUCUGCCUCUCAUUGGGGCAAUGGUCAAGCUUAGAUGUAAGGUAUUCACUUUGUAAUCAUUGACUGUUCCUCUACUCUUGCCCAGAAUGGUCUGUCAUCAUGCUCCCCUGUUCUUUUAAAACCUGAUAGAACAACUGGUCUCCGAUCAGACUUGAGGAGAAGUUGAAGAGGAUCAGAGAUGAGCACAGUCUUCUGUUGGGAGUAGCGGGAACUGAAUUACAUAACAACAAUGGAUAUCUUAAUUUGAUUAAAAUCAUCUGGAUUAAUAAAACAUAAACUUGUAAACUUGUGACGUCUUAGAAAUUCACUUGUUUUGGAGCUCAACGUUCGUGUGGAAUGAUCUCAAAUUCCCUCUGGACUGUUUUGUCUGCAGGUUGCUUCACUGUGUAGUUUUGGAGCGAUCUUGAGGACUUGAAAAACACACAUUUUUCUCGGCUGGUUUUGGACUGUGGUUAGAAUUUACAAUUGGAGUGUGUCCAGGUUUGUUGUAAUGUUGCUGAUAUAGUGGUUUUUAUUGAAGCUGGGAAAUAUAAAGUUUAUAAGACCGCAGUUUGUUAAAGUGUGAGAGAAAUUCUUAGUUGUAAGCAUAGUUCUUAAAUUAACUCUGUAGAGUUAAUUUAAGAGCUUUCUGAUAAAGUUAGUUUUAUUUAACAAUACCAUCAUGGCAUCUGAGCCUUGUCCUCUGACUGGAGCAGAGAGAGCCGUGUGUAGACUUGUCCACUGUGGACCCCGACCUCAAGCUAUGCUAAAGCCUUUACCUCUGGAGCUCCAGGUGUAUGUGGACAAAACAAGGACCAAGCAAAAACACAGGAUGGAGGCCUCGUGCUUAGAAUUGGCCUUGGAAGGAGAGCGGCUAUGCAAGGCUGGGGACUUCAAAGGGGGAACAGCGUUUUUCGAAGCAGCCGUAAAGGUCGGCACAGAAGACCUGAAGACCCUCAGUGCCAUCUACAGCCAGCUGGGCAAUGCAUACUUCUACCUUAAGGAGUAUGGCAAAGCCCUGGAAUACCAUAGACAUGACCUUACCUUAGCAAGAACAAUAGGAGACCGAAUUGGAGAAGGAAAGGCCAGCGGCAACCUCGGUAACACUUUAAAAGUAUUAGGGCGUUUCGAUGAGGCUGCUGUCUGCUGCCAAAGACAUCUGGACAUUUCUCAAGAGCAGGGCGAUAAGGUUGGAGAGGCCAGAGCACUGUAUAACAUGGGGAACGUGUUUCACGCAAAGGGCAAACAGCAGUUAUGGGGCUGCACCCAGGAACCAGGGGACCUGCCUCCUGAUGUCAGAGACACACUGCAAAGGGCUACUGGAUUUUACGAGAUGAACCUGUGUUUGGUCAAAGAGCUUGGCGACCGAGCUGCUCAGGGGAGAGCCUACGGGAACUUGGGCAACACCCACUACCUGCUGGGUAACUUUGUGGAGGCUAUAAAGUUCCACCGUCAGCGAUUAUCCAUUGCCAAAGAAUUCGGGGACAAAGCAGCUGAACGACGAGCUUACAGUAACUUAGGCAAUGCCCUGAUAUUCCUGGGACAGUUCAACACAGCCACAGAGUACUACAGGAAAACUCUGCAACUGUCCAGGCAGCUGAGGGAUCAGGUGAUGGAGGCUCAAGCGUGUUACAGCCUGGGCAACACUUACACUCUUUUACAGCAGUAUGAGAGGGCCAUAGACUAUCACCUCAAGCACCUGUACAUAGCGCAGGAGCUUACAGAUAGGGUUGGAGAGGGCCGUGCAUGUUGGAGUCUGGGAAAUGCAUAUGUGUCUUUAGGGAACCACAAACAAGCGCUUUACUAUGCCAGAAAGCACCUGGAAAUCUCUAAAGAAAUUGGAGACAGAAAUGGUGAACUGACAGCCAGGAUGAAUGUGGAUCAGCUGAUGGAGGCCCUGGGGGUCACUGAGAGCGACCUUUCACCCUCAAGUUCAGAGUUUGAGAUGCAAGGAGCAAGACCCAAAUUCACCAAGAGAAACAGCAUGGACAGUGUAGAACUGUGGAAAUACUCUUCAGAUAAGAAUGGUGAGAACCAAGACUUGGAAAGUAUACCGAGGAGAUCUAAGAGUCACCUGUCGCAGCCUAGCAAAAGAAAAGGCUGUUCUGACAGCCAGUCAUCAGAGGAAAGGCUGUGGUUUGACUCACCCGUGGACACUGAUGACAUCACUGUGCAAGUUCCACCUCCAGUGCCAAAGCUGGGCCGUGACCCCUCUGAUGAAGACUGCUUCUUUGACCUCCUCAGCAAAUUCCAGAGCAGCCGCAUGGAUGACCAGCGCUGCCACCUCGAUGAGCCACAGAAUGGAGACAACAGAGAAGGCGCCGCAACCUCCAUGUCAUCCCUGAGUGAGAUGAUAGAUCCUGCAAUUACCACUUCCCCCCAGACAGAGGAGCUGUUUGAUUUGAUCGCCAGCUCUCAGAGUCGACGUCUUGAUGACCAACGCGUUAAUGUUGGUAACCUCCCAGGCCUGAGGAUUACUCAUAACAACCUGGGUCACCUGGUGGGAGAGGGAGAUCAUCAAGAGCCCAGUGAUGACUUCUUCAACAUGCUUAUCAAGUGCCAGUCAUCUAGAAUUGACGAUCAGCGGUGCUCCCCACCAGAAGCGGGCCCCCAUGCCCCUACGGUGCCUGAUGAAGACUUCUUCAGUCUGAUCCAGAGGGUGCAGGCCAAGCGUAUGGACGAGCAGCGCGUCCAGCUGCCCACAGACGACCAGGACAGCCCUCCGUCCCCAAGUCCCGAGCCAGCUAGCGGAUUUUCCAGCUAGGAUUUGGUGAAUAAAGCUUCAUGUCAAAGAAAAUGGAAGCAGGAAAAAAGGAAAGGAUGAGCCAACAUUUAAGGACAGUACUAAAGGGUGAACUAACAAGCUUUUUAAUAACAAGACAAAUUCAAUGUGCAAUAGAUGUUGCCCUGUUAAAUGUUGCUCAGUGUAUUAUGUUAAAUGUGUGUAAAUAUAAUGGCAAACAGGCAGAAUUUAACCUCGGUGAUGCAGAGAAGAGGAAAAUGAAAGUGUGGGGGUGACAUGAUUACAAACAUUAAAUAUAUAUUUAAUCUAAUGCCUUAAUCAGCAUUUAAAAAAAAAAAAAAAGAAUCUGACUCAAGAUUGUAUUCACGGGUGUCAGAUGUGUUUCUUCUAGAAGCACAUUGUAUAAUAUGGACAUUUGAUAUAGAUAGUUACAGUGGAAGUCAUAAAGACUUAUUUAUAGAAACAGUGUUGACAUUAGAGAAAAUGGAGAUUUGCACAAAGAUCUUAAAAACAUACCUGAUAAUGAAAAUUUCAGACAGAUAUAUCUGAAGUGCUCAAUGCUGCUUUUAUCAUUCAAUUUUCGUGGUCCCCACUGCUCAUAGAAAUGUGCUGUUAUUUACAGUAUUACAAACCCCCCCCAGUGUUAGGAAAAAAAAUGCUUUGGUCAAUUUGAACUUCUCCAUUAUUGGUAACUGCAUUCCAUCCACACGAAACGAUAAUAUUUGGUUAAAUUAAAACACUGAUUUAAGUCUGGUUUCCCACAAAAAUGUAAUUUAUGCGAAUCUAUGUCUUUAAAAAGUGCAUCUCACAUGCUGUGCUAAUGUUACUGAGCAAAAAAACAAAACAAAAUCUGCAACAUUUCACAGGCUCAAAAGUAUGAUGGUGUGAUAUUUAAUCUCCAGUUUAUGUUUCUGCUUGGCUUUUAAAGUGGUGCUAUCUGCUGCCCUUUGUGUUCAAAAAAUUCUGAUAAUGGACUACUGCUACUUACUGCCUUUAUUGUUACUUAAAUAGACUUAGAAGCAAAAAAAUUAAAUAAGAAAUGAGACACGUUUGUCAUAUUUUGAAAAUUCUAACACAAUGAGCAAUGCUAACUCUGUGUUGCUACUAUAUGUUGCCUCUCGGUGGCCAAAAUCUAGUAUUACCUCUGUGAAAUGAAGAGUGCAGUCUGUUGGGGAAAACAGGCUUCCCCUCUUCUAGAAUAAUUGAAGGUUUUUAUUAUACCUACAUUCUGUUCUGCACAAAUUCUGCAAACAAAGUUAUGCUAACCUGUACCCUAAUUGUUACCAUGAUAUAUUGUUUGGUAAACUUUAAAUUGCACCAUUAAAUCCAGGUACGGCCUGGUGCACUUUCCUGUUUCUUACAAACUGCGGAAAGGAAAGGUUUUUUUCUUUUUCUUUUUGUUUUUUUCGCUAAAGGCUUGAAAAUAUUUAUUGUACAAAGUGACUGCAUCAUGGCACCGAAAAUAUUUGACCUUACCCAGUGGCUUGCUUUAUUUUAAAUUUUUUAAUCAAAAGUAGUACCUCAAUGCUUACAUGAACCUUAAACAUACUGAAUUGUGAAUCAGGAUGGAUCAUGUACCACAGUGCUUUAUGUUUGGUCCGUCUCUCUUUGAUAAACAACACAUUGGGAGCUAAGGUUAAAAAAUUCUCUUCAUGUUUUUUGUGAAUUAACAUUUUUUUAGACACUACACGGUACGCUUCGAUUUGUCUUUGCCAUAAUUUGUAUAUAUAAAGAUAUUUUGUAUUUAUGUUCCUUUUAAGGGCAUGAAUAUGUCCCCUCAUGCUUUUAAUAAAAUGUUUGAGAUGUUUA